CUCCGCGGAUUAGCAGACUUUUGACGUUGGCCAACACAGGCACUUUGUUGAUACGUGAUUACGUGAAUUAUUUUUGCAAAUAAAACGAUUCCCGAGUAGUAUUUCAACCCGCAAUGUUCUCGCCCACGCGUGCCCUGCGCCCGGCCCUGAGCCGCUGCUACAGCCAGAUCAAGGGCGGACCCGUUUCCGGCGGAGGCAGACCCAGUGCAUCGGGAUCGGGUUCAGCAGGAUCAGCCCAGCAGGCCCCAUCCUCGCCAGCCGUAACAGGAUUGACCAGCAAUUGCGUAAAGCCCAUCACUGGACCAGUCGGACCCGGCGCAUCGGCCACGGCAGAAUACAAGGUGCCCGAAUAUUACUGCUUUAAUCGCUUCAGCUACGCCGAGGCGGAGGUGGAGAUGGCCAAGUACCGCUGCCCGCAGCCCUCGGCUUUGAAGUAGAACAAUAAAAUUGUAACCAAAUUGUUAAUGCUAAAUAAAAACAAAUUCAAAUGUU